AUGACACAGACGCCAGACCCACUACUUACUCUGCGCAGUGCGCUGCACAGGCUGCACAGUCUGCUUGCUUCACACCAUAUACUAGUCUUUACUCAGCUGAGACUGCUCUGUCUGCGGUGUAGGGAAACACCAUGCUACGAUUACGAUGGCACUGACGAGGUCCACUACCCGACGAGGCCCGUAGACAAGGACAAGGCUGAGGCGGAACUAGUCGUUAACAUCAAGAAAGCGACAAACCCUGACGAGUCUGCUCCCAAGCAGAAACAUGUGCGAAAAUGCAUUGUGUAUACAUGGGACUAUCACUCCUCGAUAUCUUUCUGGACGGGACUUCGUGUCCAGCCCAUUCUUGCUGACGAAGUGCAAACAUUCAAGGCACUCAUCACUGUGCACAAGGUGUUACAGGAGGGUCACCCAGUGACGAUCAAGGAGGCUCAUGGACAGACGGGGUGGCUCGAGACAUGCGCUCGGACGGUGGGACAUGAUAGUGCCAGAGGAUACGGAUCUCUCAUCAAGACAUAUGUCCAGUUUAUUCUGGCCAAGCUGCGGUUCCACCGUCUUCGACCUGAGUUCAACGGACUAUUCGAGUAUGAGGAAUACAUCACGCUGAAGGGUAUCGACGACCCAAAUGAAGGUUAUGAAACCAUAUCCGACCUCAUGGGUUUGCAGGAUCAAAUCGAUUCGUUCCAGAAGAUGAUCUUCGCGCACUUCUCGCGUACUUCGAGUAACGAGUGUCGUAUUUCGGCGUUGGUGCCCCUGGUCAAGGAAAGCUGGGGAAUAUACAGGUUCAUCACUAGCAUGCUGCGCGCUAUGCACCGAAGAACGAACGACACUGAUGCAUUGGAACCUCUCCGACAACGCUAUAGUGCCCAGCAUUAUGGUCUCCGCAAGUUUUACUACGAGUGUUCGAAUUUGAAGUAUCUAACUGGUCUUAUCAAUGUGCCUAAACUCGGUCAAGAGCCACCAAAUCUUCUGGAGAGCGGCAAUGCCCCCGAUCUCCCGCAAAGGCCAAUGACAACUACCAUUAAGACGCCACCGCCGGCUGCGCCGACUCCUGAUCCUGCAAUGGUGAACGAGCAGGCUCGCAUGCUCAGGCAGUACGAGGAACAGCAGGCAGCUCUGCUUGCUGCUCGUGAAGCUGAGGAGCGUCAUCGCCAAGAGUUGGAAGAGCAGCAGCGCCGCGAAUUUGAGCAGCGACAGGCCGAACAAGCCGAGAGGGAACGGAUGGCCCAGGAACAGCUAAUGCAGCAGCAAUUGAUGCAGUACAGCAAUCAAGCUGCCGCGCAUUCGCAGGAUCUGGAGCGAGAGCUCCUGGGUAUGCGAGGCCAAUUCGAACGUGACCAGCUCAUGCUGGAGCAAUACGAUCGGAGAGUCAAAGCUCUCGAGAGUGAACUUGGGAGCGUAUCAGCGAAUAUCAACGCACAGAUGCAGUCCAAAGAUGACCUGAUCAAGCAACUUCAAGACCAGGUCACACUUUGGCGCAACAAGUAUGAGGCGCUUGCCAAGCUCUACAGUCAACUCCGUUCAGAGCAUCUCGACAUGCUGGCGAAGUUUAAGCAGAUGCAGUUGAAGGCGAAUUCGGCGCAAGAAGCCGUUGACCGUAUGGAACGCAUGGAACGUGACCUCAAGGCGAAGAAUCUCGAGCUCGCCGACAUGAUUCGCGAGCGGGAUCGUGCCCGCUUCGAUCUAGAUCGCCAGAAGGCGACCCACAAGGACGAGCUCGACCGCGUCCGCCGAGAGCUGAACUAUGCGAAUGAGCGUGCCGAGGAUGCAUCGCGGUCGAAGAGUUCCGAGGUGUCAACCGUGUUGUCAAAGUACAACAGACAGCUGUCUGAGCUGGAGGACUCACUACGGGCCAAGCAAAUGCAGAUCGACGAUCUGCUUGUCAAGCUUGACAAUGUUUCUGUUGAUAUGGAGCGGCUCAAGGAAGAGAAGGACCAGGAGAUUGCGAUCCUACAGGAGGGUAUGGACAGCACAAUCCAGCAGCUUCACGACUCCCAGCAGAACCAAGGCAUCUCUGAUGAAGCCACGAAUGCUCAAAUCGAUACUCUCAUUCUCGAUAACAGGAAGAAGCUGAAUGACAUCAUCGAUUCGAUCCUGCAGGCCUGCGUACACAAGGUAGAUGAAGCCAUUUACGAGCUCGAGUCCCCUGCGCAAGUUGGCAACCUCAAUUCCACCCCUGAGUACACACUGUCCAUGAUCGAGAAAGCCAUCAACAACGCGACAGACUUCGCAACCAUCUUCAACUUAUACCUCGGCGGCGAAAUCGGCGGAGAACACGUCGACGUUAUCAAGGGAGCAAAUGAGCUGGCCCAGUCGCUGUCAGACGUUCUGAUCAACACGAAGGGCAUCACUCGUUUAGUCAGCGAGGAUGCAUCGGACAAAUUGAUCAACGUCGCAAAGACUGCUGGUGAUGUCGGACUGAGAGUCUUCUUGAACCUCCAGUCCUACAAGCUGGAUCUCCUGCCACAGACCACUCAACGAAAGGAGGUCGCUAUGCGGAACAACGGAGAAGUGCGUGGCGCGCUCACCAAACUGUCGGAGGUGGUGGACUCCCUCGUGCCGAAAGGCGGGAAGUCAGGGGCUCUAGCGAAAGCCAAUGGCGACAUCGGAGACAUCGUCGAGCAGGAGAUGCUGGGCGCCGCGAAGGCUAUCGAGGCGGCAACAGAGCGUCUGCAACAGCUCAUUUCCCGUCCGCGCGAUUCCGGGCGCUUUAGCGCUGUCGAUCUGCAAGUCCACGAUUCCAUCCUGGCGGCGGCACUCGGCAUCACCAACGCCAUCGGACGACUCAUUCAAGCGGCUACCGAGUCGCAGCAGGAAAUUGUCGCGCAGGGCAGGGGAUCGAGCACUACCCAGCAAUUCUACAAGCGGAACAACCGCUGGACGGAGGGUCUCAUCUCUGCGGCGCGUUCCGUCGCAUUCGCCACCACUAUGCUGAUCGAGAGCGCUGACGGUGUUCUAUCUGGCACCCACUCACUGGAGCAACUGAUUGUUGCGUCUAAUGAGGUCGCUGCUGCAACCGCUCAGCUCGUUGCCGCCUCCCGCGUAAAGGCCAACCUGAUGUCGAAGACACAAGAACGUCUUGAGUUGGCUGCCAAGGCUGUCACGGAAGCUUGCAAGGCUCUCGUCAGGCAAGUCAAGGCUAUCUCUGCAAAGCAAUCGCAGGACGAAGAUGUCGAUUACAAGAACAUGGCCGCUUUGGAGUUCAAGAAGCGCGAGAUGGAACAACAGGUCGAGAUCCUGAGAUUGGAGAAGGACCUUGGUGCUGCCCGUCAUCGUCUUGGAGCCAUGAGGCGGGCGGGUUACCACACAGACGAGACGGAGUGA